AUGGUAAGAGUAAUGCCAUGCCUGCCUACAAUCGGUAAGAUCAAACUGAUUCUUGACGAUGUCUUCAAGCUAUCAAGAUGGCUCGGGACAUACCCGAUAGACGAAGAAUAUUCCAGUAUUUCCAAAUUGAAUCUUGCUAAAGGAGUAAUUCUGUACUUCUUGGCAAGUGUCAUUGCGACUGAGUCACUCUACGGGCGUUUGACGGUUGAAGAUGUUCCAUUAUCAACAAUAAUCACACAAUUGCUUAGAAUUCUACCAAUCAUCAUUUUACACUGGAUAAAUUUAGCUUGCCUGGUUUCGAAUAGAAAACUUGCAAAGGUGAAGAAAACAAACAAGAUGUUGUACCGAAGAUUAUUGAACAAUUUAGAUGACGAAAUAUUACAAUUCCACUUAGUGGCCAAAAGGGACAUCGUUUUUACAGCUAAUGGAUUUUUUAUUCUUGAAAGCACCCUAAUCUGUACGGUAAGAGAAUGCAGCUGA